AAAGUGAACGGAUAUCUGACACCAGCGGACUAGUUCGGUCUGCUUACAGCUUACACUCUGUCUGUCUGCCAUGGUGGCCAUGUUUUGCUUUGGCUGCACUUCUGUCUUGUCUCUUCCCACUAAACCCCAUCGCUUGAUCUUUCCUUACUCUGCAAAUGACGCUUCUCAGAUAGGGAAGAACCUCCCCUUCUCCACAACGACCGCCAGCCUCAAUACAUUCUCCUCUGCUCUUGCCACAGUUGCUGCUAUUACUGCUUCUGCGUUGCCCUUCGACGUCUCUCCUCCGCCCAUCGAUCAUGACCUUCUCGAUACAUUGGCAGAUGCAGGGGCAAUGAUCUCAGAAGUAGGUACAGUUGAAACAUUUGGCAAUGAUGAUGAAGCAGUCCAUGCAGUUGAUGAAGGCGCUGUGGUUGUGGACCUUACACAUUUUGGUCGGAUAAGAGUCACUGGAGAAGACAAAAUCCAGUUUCUUCACAAUCAAAGCACAGCAAAUUUUGAAUGUCUUCAUGAAGGCCAGGGGUGUGACACUGUUUUCGUUACACCAACAGCUCGGACAAUAGACAUUGCCCAUGCUUGGAUUAUGAAAAAUGCGGUGACAUUGCUGGUCUCACCUCUAACCUGCAAAAGCAUAGCUGAAAUGCUUAUGAAGUAUAUAUUUCUUGCUGAUAAGGUAGAAGUUCAUGACAUCAGUAAGCAAACAUGCUUUUUCGUAAUCCUUGGACCUAAGAGCAACCAAGUGAUGGAAGAUCUGAAUGUUGGUGAUCUCAUUGGACAGCCAUAUGGAACUCAUCAACAUUAUAGUGUGAAUGGGAUGCCAAUCACAGUAGGUGUUGGAAGUGUUGUCUCUCAAGAAGGUUUCUCAUUGUUGUUGUCACCAGCAGCUGCUGUCUCAGUCUGGAAAACUCUCAUAGGUGCUGGUGCCAUCCCCAUGGGUGCUAAUGCAUGGGAAAGAUUGAGAAUCUUGCAAGGAAGGCCUGCUCCAGGUAAGGAGCUCACAAAUGAAUAUAAUGUCCUAGAGGCUGGUCUUUGGAAUUCAAUCUCCCUAAACAAAGGAUGUUAUAAGGGGCAGGAGACCAUUUCUAGACUAAUCACAUAUGAUGGUGUCAAGCAGCGACUGUGGGGACUUCAUCUAUCAGGCCCAGCAGAACCAGGGAGCCUCAUCACAGUUGACGGGAAAAAGGUUGGGAAGCUAACAAGUUAUACGAUUGGAAGAAAUGAAAAUGAACAUGUUGGCCUGGGAUACAUCAAGAGGAAAGCUGCUUCAGCUGGAGACCAGACAAGUAUUGGUGAUGUGGUGGGUACAGUGGUGGAAGUUCCAUUCCUUGCACAGAAAUCUCCUUUAACAAGUUCAUCAAGUCCUUGACUUCCAACUGAAACACCAUUGAAUGUAAUAGCUAUGAACCUUCUACAUGUCCUUUGUGUACAUAAAUAACUAGGGGUGGCAAUUUCUCACCCAAUCCAUUGAACCCACCCAAUCUAUCCAACCUGCCUAUUUAGCAGGUUUGAAAUGGGUUGAAUCACCCACUGGAUUGGAUUGGGUUGGGUUGGGUUGUGGAUAUCCAUUGAAUUAACCACUAAUUACUUAAUCAUUUUUCUUUAAUUUUCUUUAUAUGAGUGAAACAAUUUAUAUUUAAU